GGCAGUGACUGUAGUGGCCGCUGUGGGGGGACUCCUGCUGUUAAUGAUAAUAUUGCUGGGCAUCAUAUCACUGCUCACAGCUGCAAAAAGAGGUCACAGGAGAAAACACGAGAUUUCCACUUCAGAACAAACUGAACUGAAUCCGCAGUAUGGUAAGGAAAGAAAAUUUCAGCUAGCAUGCUGAUAUUAUGUGUAUGUCUGCUAAUGUUAGAUGAGAGUCGGCUCCUGGGGAGUUCCACACCCAUUUCCUCCUCAGAGCUGGAGAAUUCUGUCACCACAUUCAUGAAUGGAAACACCCUUCUCCAGCAGCAA